AGAGGAGGGGAAAUAAAAGGUUUGGGGCGAGACGAGUACGGGUUGUCCGCGGGGGCGGGGGCUGGGGGCGAUGUCCUGACCGGGCGGCGUGAGAGGGCUGAGCUCCGCGGCCUGCGCGGCCCGGCCGGCUCGGUGUCCCGAGUCGCCGUGGCUGGAACGUUCUCCGGCCGCCUGGGGCCGUGCGCCGUGAGGGGCUGGGUAGCGGCAGUGCCGUUUGCGGGCCCUGGUGGUCACAGGUUCAGUACUGCGUUCUGAAAGCAGAGAAGGACUCCGGAGGGCAGAGGUGGAACCGGUGCUUGUGUGUGCUGCGCGGCGACCUGGAAAAGAACCUGUCGCUCAAAAGAUGGGCAAGGUUUGUGCCAUUUUCGGAGGAUCCCGAGGAAUAGGAAAAGCUGUUGCAGAAUUACUGGCACAGAGAGGCUGCCGCUUGGCAAUUAUUGCUAGAAAUCUGGAAGUAGCCCAAACCACUGCACGUAAUCUUGGUGCAGGACAUCUGGCACUUAGAUGUGAUGUAUCCAGUGAACAAGAAGUCCAAAAUACUUUUGAGGAGAUGCAGAGGCAUUUAGGUCCUAUUAACUACCUGGUUAAUGCAGCUGGAAUCAACAGGGAUGGCUUGUUACUGAGAACCAAGACUGAAGAUAUGAUAGCCCAGAUUCAUACUAACCUAUUGGGAACAAUGUUGACAUGCAAAGCUGCUGUAAAAAGCAUGAUACAACAACAGGGAGGUGCUAUUGUCAAUAUCGGAAGUAUUGUAGGACUUAAAGGCAACUCUGGUCAAAGUGUAUACAGUGCUACCAAAGCAGGAUUAGUUGGAUUUUCACGCUCUCUUGCUAAAGAAGUGGGGAAAAGGCAAAUUCGAGUCAACGUGGUUGCUCCAGGCUUUAUUCACACAGAGAUGACUGCUCAUUUGGAAGAAGAUGAGUUGAAGAAAGCAAUUAUCCUUGGAAGAUUUGGAGAGCCUCGGGAAGUUGCACAAGCUGUUGUCUUUCUCCUAGAGUCCCCUUAUGUUACAGGGAGUACUCUAGUUGUAGAUGGAGGUUUGCAGCUUAUGACUUAAAUACUACCUAGAAUAAGCAUCUACUUAAAUGUCAUUAUGGGAGUAUAUAAAGAUAUAAUAGUUAAAGGGAGGGGUAUGGAAGUUAGUUGGAGAUUGAUAUAUGUAAUUGACUUGAUAUUAUUUAAUCAGAGGAGAAAUUCAGCAGCGGUGAAGUCCAGUGUGUACAUUUAGCUACCUGAAGAGUCCAUUUGGUAUUAUGAAGUCUGUGCAUAUAAGAAUUUGAAAAAAUCUGGUUUUGGUAUGUUGAUAGUUUUAAAUAACAUGCUGUAUAAUUUUUAAAGCACUAUAUUUUUUUGAAGUUAUGUUUUCCAAUUUGGGAUAGGGUCAAGAUUUUCUUUCAAAUAUCAUGUUACACAAAAGUUAAUAAAGCGCAGAUAUGCUUA